AGGCUAGCAAGCCUCUAGCAUCAACAACUUAUGCUUGAUUUAUCGUGAAGAUCUCGAGUCGCGCAAUCCGAAACAAGAUGCUCAGACAAAUCAAACCGCGCAAUGCCCGAUCCAAGCGCAUCUUGGAAAAGAAGGCGCCAAAAGCCAUCGAGAACCCCAAAUCAGCCCUAUUCCUCAGGGGCACAAGCUGCAGCCAGGUGGUCCAAGAUGCCAUUGCCGACAUCUUCUCUAUGCGGCAAACACUUGCGAAGAAAUUCACCAAGAAAAACCCAAUACACCCAUUCGAGGACCCAAGCUCGCUCGAGUUCUUCUCUGAAAAGUGCGACACCAGUCUCAUCGUCUUCGGCUCGAGCAGCAAAAAGCGGCCACACACCCUCACACUAGUACGCAUGUUCAGCCACAAGGUGCUCGACAUGCUAGAGCUUCACCUUGAUGCCGAGUCGUACCGACGCACGGCACAGUUCAAAACAUCCAAGUUCACCAUCGGCCUGCGGCCUCUGAUGGUUUUCGCGGGAGCCCAAUUCGAGAGCACGGUCCAAAACGAGUAUACCGCGGCCAAGAGCCUCCUUCUCGACCUGUUCCGCGGCGACAGCAGCUCAGACAAGAUAGACGUCGAGGGCCUGCGGUAUGUUAUCGUGGUAACUGCCGAGGACAAUCCCGCGACUGUUGGGUCUGGAGAUGGAGCCAAGCCAGCACUGCAUCUGCGAGUCUACAUGAUCAAGACAAAGAGGAGUGGCGAGAAGCUUCCAAGGGUGGAACUGGAGGAGAUAGGCCCACGCAUGGAUUUCCGCCUGGGUAGGCUCCGCGAGGCCGACGAGAGCAUGCUUAAAGAGGCCAUGAAGAGACCAAAAACAACCGAGGAGAGGACAAAGAAGAACAUAUCGACCGAUUCUAUGGGAGACAAGAUGGGUCGUAUCCACCUAGGAAAGCAGGACCUCGGUGAUCUGCAAACGAGGAAGAUGAAGGGCCUGAAGAGAGACCGCAAGGACGCGAACGGCGAGGCGUCCCCGUCCCAACCGGCUGGUGAUCAUAACAACAAGAAACCAAAAAUAGCCUAGGGUAUUUUCAAGGAGUUCUACUUUGACACUUAUCAUGAGGAACAGUUUUACCUGUAAUACGUUGUAGUUGAUGUAUAUAUGUUUAUUGACCCUACACAUGUAUCGUAUUGUUCGCGUUAUUAUCCCUGCAUGUGCCACACCCGGAUGUGAAAUGAACGAAAGAGAAAUUAGCAAGAGCAAACAGC